AUGGCGUUCCCUUAUACUGUGACGGAACAUGUUAUUGAUAGUCAAUAUAUACGAGAGUACCCCAGGGCCACGACCACGCAGGAUGCUCCUCUGAAGCUUUGCGUGAAGAAGUAUACGCCCAUCGAUAACCCCCAUCCCGAACCGGGCGAUGUCACUAUCAUCGCUGCACAUGGCACGGCAUUCGCGAAGGAACUAUACGAGCCGCUCUGGGAAGAUCUCCACACCAGAAGCAAGAAAGAGGGAUUCCGAAUUCGCGCCAUCUGGAUCGCUGAUAGCGCCAACCAAGGUGCUAGCGGUAUCCUCAAUGAGAAUCACUUGGGCAAUGACCCAUCAUGGCUUGAUCACAGCCGUGAUCUUCUCUUGAUGAUCAACCAAUUUCGCGACCAAAUACCCCGACCCAUCAUGGGCCUCGGGCACAGCGUAGGUGCAGCUCAAAUGUCGGUUACCCUCACUCUUUCGUCGUCGAUGAGCGCGGACCAGAUCUUUCUAUCGCUGAUCCACCCCCGGCUGUUCUCAUCUCUCAUGCUCGUCGAGCCAUAUUUCGUCGAGCGCACGCUCCAGGGGAGCGGCCCUCUUCUCCUGCGUCUGACCAUCAACAAGCGUGAUGUCUGGCCGUCCCGGGCCGUCGCCGUCAAAAAGUCACGCAAGGUCCUUCGAUUCUGGGACCCGCGGGUGUUGGAUCGCUGGGCUCGGUUCGCAUACCGCGAACUACCGUCAGCUGUAUACCCACAGGAAGAUGCGACACAGUCACCAUCGUCGACAUUGUCGUCGGAUGUAGGGCCGGCUGUGACAUUGGCAACGACCAAGUACCAAGAGGCGCUGGUGUACACGCGUGCUAACCCUCAUCGAUACAGAGAACUGGGUUUGCCCGAUGAGCUGAAUCAGAAGCAUCCGCACGAAGAGUCCAGCCCGCCGCACGAUCCGCUGCUCUUCCCCGAUGUGUUGGGGGCGCUGGUGCCGGAGCAGAACUCCUACCGGCCGGAGCCGGUCCUGGCCGGGAGGUUGGUACCGCACUUACGACCAUCGGUCCUUUUCUUAAGUGGAGCUGAGAGUCCGCUGUGCAAGCUUGGGAUCCAUGAGCGGAUCGCCAAGAAGAUGGGGACUGGGUUCGGAGGGAGCGGUGGUAUGGAGUAUGGUCGAGUGAGGCAUCACUUAGUUCCGAAGGCUACACAUACUCUGCCUCUGGAGAAAGUGACCGCUACGGCAGAUGCCCUUGGGCUGUGGAUUCGGCAGGAGGUACAGCGGUGGAAGGAGGAUGAGCAGCGCAUCGCACAGGGGUGGGAAGAAUUACCUGCGAGAGAGAAGUCCAAGUACUCCAACGAGUGGAAGGAGAUCAUCGGUUCGGCGGCCAACCGAAUUAUCGAGAGACGAUCCAAGUUGUGAGCACUAGCGUGUAUUCUGUAGCGAUUUGAUGAAGCUCAAGAUGGUCAAUGCGGGGCGAGUCCUUG